UGAUUUUAUUAUAUCUUCAAUGGAUGAAGCAUUAUCUGUUACAACAUAUGAAGAAAUGGCGUCUUCAGUGAAUGAAGCUUUAUCUGUUUCACGUCGGGCAGUUUAUGAGUACCUUGUAUUGUUAGAAGAUGGAUAUGGAAAGGAAAAAGCAUGUUAG